GUCGUUCAGGACAGAAAAAGGUUGAUAUCAAGGGUUAAAGCGCAGUCAGGUCGAGCUCUCAUACUCAACUCUUGAUUUCACUCUGUGCGCCUAAAUGUAGACAAUCACGCAUGCGUACGCUGCAUAACAUUGCAUAGCUUGCACAACGAAUUUCAAACUGCUCGAACAGAAACCUUCGAGCUGUUCAAAAUAUUUCGCCAAAAGCGGAACGGGUUUAACAAUACCUGUACAAAAUAUGUACUUUAAAAAAAAGUAAACUUUUAUACAACAAAUAUUUUAUGAAUGAAGAUGACGCGAUUCGACACGCCCUUUUAAGAGAUAGUAGCAAUGAGCAAAAAGAGAGCAUGAACCACUGAAGGAAGACAUUUUACAUCGCAAAACGGGAACACCAAUCAGCAAUCGGUUGCUGAUAGUGUGUUUGUCCGUCUCCGUUGAAAAUUUGCCAUGGGGUGCCUCAAGACGACAAAAAAGACUCUUCUCUUAUCAGCCUUUCCAUUGUUGCGCUUGACCAGCGCAACCAGUAGCCAACCAACGAGCGUGGACGCCCGAAAGAUUGGUAAAUUAAUUUGUCAACUAGCAAUCAGCUCAACAGGGCCCGGGACUUUGCCGGCCAUUCAUUCCUGUUCGAACCAUCGGUGCAAGAACAAGCUGUUCCGGGACAUCGCACGAUUGACGGUUGACUUGCGCGGGAACACAAGCGAAGAAACGCAGAUUACUCGUAUGUUUUCGCCGAUGGAUUCGACGGUGAACAGUACCGGUUCGAGCAGUGCCAGUGCCGAUUACCGCAAGAAACGCAUCAAGAACGUCCAGAAGCUGGAGUUGGUGCGGCUAAUGAAGGCUAACUUCCUGUUCAUUCGUGGCAAACAUGCGGUAGCGCGCAGUGAAAAGAGCCGUGCCGAUGUUUGGAAGGUAAUUACUGGCCGGCUAAAUAGUUUGGGUCCCCCGAUCCAGUCGGCAGAAGCGUGGCAAAGACGCUGGAACGAUAUGCGUUCGGCGACCAAGAGCAAGAUGACCAAGAUCCAGAACUAUGUCCGCGAGCAUGGCGAAGACUGUCCGUACAAGCUAAAUCUGGUAGAGCGGCUCAUCUGGGACACGUUCAGCGUGAAGCCGGAGGAGUACAUGAAGGACCUGAAUCUGAAGCUGUGGCGUGAGAAGCAGCAGCCAAGGGUCGACGGUUCGGUCGGACCACAGCCACAAUCCGCAGUUGACAGUGUCUCGUCCUGUUCGUCGCAAAUGUCGGCGGCCGAGCAGAACUUUGACAUGGGAUGGAAUCAGGUAGGAACAACAACGACAUGUCACGAUACCGGAUUAGGCUGGAACUCCCCAAUGCCUUCCUCCAUUGCGUCCAUGAGCAGGGAGAACAGUUUGCUGGAGGUUCCGAAUCAAACGGUGGGAGGAUUUUAUUCCACCUCUAGCUGUACCCUUCAUCCGGAGCAGAACUAUGGAGUGCAAUCGACGACGGCCAUGGGAUAUCAAGGGUAUUCCGGUGUGUCUGCUAACAGCACAACACACUUCAACCAGUGGCCAUCCUCCGGUGCUGAGCUGCGUGACGACGCUUCGUUCCAGCAGCAGCCAAAGAUACAGACGUCUACGACGGAUCUCGUGCCCGGCGGUAAGAUGCUGCGGGAGUUGAACAAACUGUUCGAUCUGGUGCUGAAACAGAACGAAGAAAUACUCAGCUUAUUAAGACAGCCCAGCAGUGAAAAUUAAAGCCAUAUGGUUAUUACAGUCGUGCAAAUGUAUUAAUUACCAGUGACUUCGUUUGGCUCUGCUGGCGGAUCGUCACCAUUUUCAGUGCAAUAAACGUACAACAAACACACACA